AACCUCUCUUGAGUCUCUUCUUCCAAUUCCAAAAGCCGCUAAGCAAAUCUUGAGGUUUCUCUCUCUUCAUUUACCAAAUGGCAAUGGCGAAUACUCUUCCAAUUCCUAGCGAUACCUUUAAGCUCGGAUUCAUCGGAGCAGGGAAGAUGGCUGAAAGCAUUGCUAAAGGAGUUGUAAAAUCCGGUGUUCUACCCGCUUCCCGUAUUCGAACUGCUCACCUUCGCUCCGAUCGCAGGGCUGCUUUUGAAGCACUCGGCAUCCAAGUUUUCGAACGAAAUCUCGAGGUGGUUGAAGAUUGCGAUGUGAUCAUCUUCUCAGUAAAACCUCAGAUGGUUAAAGAUGUAGUCUUACAAUUGAGACCCAAGCUUUCGGAUAAGCAGCUCCUGGUUUCUGUUGCAGCAGGCAUCAAGUUGAAAUCUCUCCAGGAUUGGGCUGGUCAUAGCCGAUUUAUCAGGGUGAUGCCAAAUACUCCUGCAGCUGUUGGUGAGGCCGCUUCAGUUAUGAGUUUGGGUUCAGCUGCGACAAAUGAAGAUUCAGAAAUAAUUGCAAAGCUAUUUGGAGCUAUUGGAAAGACAUGGAAAACCGAUGAAAAAUAUUUUGAUGCUGUCACUGGACUAAGUGGCAGUGGUCCAGCGUAUAUAUACUUAGCCAUAGAGGCAUUGGCUGAUGGAGGCGUAGCUGCAGGCUUACCACGGGAUCUUGCUCUUGGUCUAGCUUCUCAAACAGUGUUAGGUGCUUCUUCAAUGGUCUCGAAGAGCGGUAAACAUCCAGGUCAACUUAAAGAUGACGUUGCAUCGCCAGGAGGGACUACAAUUGCGGGUAUUCACGAAUUAGAGAAGGCCGGAUUUCGUGGGAUCUUGAUGAAUGCUGUUGUUGCUGCUGCCAAACGAAGUCAAGAAUUUUCUUAAAGAGUUAUGGUGAAGAAACUUACAUAUAAUUAAUUAAUUAGCUUAGGAAUGAUUUCUUCAAAUAAUACUAUUAUUCUUCAAUAAAAAAGUAUCUGCCCCUCACCACUAGUGCUAUAUUAGAAAAGAGAUUAUUGAACAAUUGUUUUACAAAACAUAAAUUUCUUUUUUUUUGUAUCA